CUGUUCUGUUAGCGCGUUGUGUACGUUUGCGAAGGUCACUCAUGGUCAUAUGGUGAGGCAGAUUGCAUCGUUACACGCAAUAUCUGACGGACAAGAGGAGCAUUCAUUACUUGACGCCAAACCGCAUGUUCCAUGGGCAGCAGCACUAGCAGUCUGUACAGUGCUCUGGCCAAGACCAUCAGCAGCCCUGCUCUCCCUCAUCCCCACGAAUCCGGAUACAAUCCAGAUAAUUGCCUGGAUCAAGAUCAGCACCCGGUGGAUCCUUUGGAGCUGUUGCGAGAAUGCAAAGAGGUUCUGAAAAACCGGCCAGCCCGGCUGCACAGGGCUUUUGUUCAGACUGGGCAAGAUGACUCCAGGCAGACAGCAAUCAGAGUAAUGCAGUGGAAUGUUCUAGCACAAGCAUUAGGUGAAGGCAUGGACAAUUUUGUGCAGUGCCCCAUGGAUGCUCUGAACUGGGCUGAAAGGAAGUAUUUGAUCUUGGAGGAGAUCCUAAUGUACAGACCUGACAUCCUGUGCCUACAGGAAGUUGAUCACUACUUUGACAUGUUUCAGCCUGUUCUGGCUAGCUUGGGUUACCAGAGCAGCUUUUUCCCAAAACCAUGGUCCCCGUGUCUGGAUGUCGAGAACAACAAUGGCCCUGAUGGCUGUGCUCUGUUCUUCAACUGCAAACGCUUCCAAUUAAUAAACACAACGCACCUACGAUUGUCUGCUAUGAUGCUAAAGACCAAUCAGGUUGCAGUCAUUACUACACUGCGUUGCAGAGCAACAGGACAGGCGUUCUGUGUUGCAUCAACGCAUCUGAAGGCAAGGAGUGGUUGGGAGGUUCUACGCAGUGCACAAGGAUCAGAUCUGUUGCGGAACUUGCGGAACAUUGUGCAGAAAGUAGAGACGGAGAAAAAUGCAGAGACUGACCUUCCUCUGAUAGUAUGCGGCGAUUUUAAUGCUGAGCCAUCGGAGGACGUCUAUAGAAAUUUUGCAACAUCUAGUCUUGGACUGGACAGUGCAUACAAACGUAUGAGUACGGAUGGAAAAACUGAGCCGCUUUACACAACGUGGAAGAUCCGUCCUAGUGGGGAGACUUGCCACACACUGGAUUAUGUGUGGUAUUCACAUAGAGCAUUUAAUGUUAAUGCUGUACUGGACUUUCCUACAGCCGAACAAAUUGGCCCAAACAGGCUGCCUUCUUAUAACUACCCCUCAGAUCACCUCUCGCUUGUCUGUGACUUUAACUUCAAGGAUCUACCGCUUGCUUCCCAAUAAUCGGAGAUGAACUGGUAAUCUCGCAAGAUAUUUACCACAAGUUAAGACUUGUGUUGGCACAAGAUUUCUAAAUACUCUUUUGGUUGUUUCAUGAAUAAUUAAUGAUUCAAUUUGGACAUCCUCACAGGAAUGUUCCGGAUGCAAUAGAAGUUACAGCAUCUGUGGCCUGCUGAUCCACAGAAAACCUUAUUCAUUAAUCUCUAAAUCUGCAAGAUCAAACAAAAAACACUUGGGGCAUGCACUAUGCACUAUGCACUAUGCACUAUGGGGGCAAGGUACCACACUGGAAUGAAUGUUAAAGUAGACUUACAGUUUUGAAAGUAUAACCACAUGACUGAAACAUUGAGAUUUUAACAUGACAAGUUUGCUAGGGGCAAUAUCUUUGCCCCUAGAUUUCUGUUGAAGGUGCAUUACUGUAAACAUUAAUAUUUUUGGUUUUUGGACAAGUCAAAUUAUUUUCUAGGGCUAUGGAAUGAUGUUUGACACUUAAGUUGUUUUAUUAAAUGUAAUAUAAAUAAUAAUAUAGAUGUUUCUGUUAUUUCCAGACUGUUAAAAAAAUAAAGUACUUUUGAGAAGGUGUCAU